UCCAAUCACAAUCCAGUUGACACAAGGCGGAGUUUUAUUUGGGCUGUUGUGGUGGAUUCAGCGGUGCCCCCCCUCCCCAAACCUUCAAAGUAGCAGUUGACGGGCUAAUUUGUUGUCCUUUCUGUCGUCAUCUACCAUCAACCAGCAGCCAUGCCCGGGAUCGAGAAGCUGCCUAUCGAAGAGACGCUGGAGGACAGCCCGCAGACUCGGUCUCUGCUGGGCGUGUUCGAGGAGGAUGCAGCAGCCAUGUCCAACUACUGCAACAUGCUUUAUCAGGCCAUGCACAGGAUGUAUGACGCCCAGAAUGAGCUGAGUGCUGCAACGCAUCUCACUUCCAGACUACUAAAAGAGUACGACAAACAGCGUUUUCCCUUAGGGAGCGACGACGAGGUGAUGAGCUCCACCCUGCAGCAGUUUGCAAAAGUCAUCGACGAGCUGAGUUCCUGUCAUGCCGUCUUAUCUACCCAGCUGGCCGAUGCCAUGAUGUUCCCCAUAACGCAGUUCAAAGAAAGAGACCUCAAGGAGAUCCUAACUCUGAAGGAAGUCUUCCAAAUUUCCAGUGAUGAUCACGACACCGCCAUCAACAGAUACAGCCGCCUGUCCAAGAGGAAGGACAACGACAAGAUGCGCGCCGAGGCGGUGGAGGACGUGUACACGUCACGCAAGAAGCAGCACCAGACCAUGAUGCACUACUUCUGCUCCCUCAACACGCUGCAGUACAAGAAGAAGACGGCGCUCCUGGAGCCGCUGCUGGGAUACAUGCAGGCGCAAAUCAGUUUCUUUAAACUGGGCUCUGAAAACCUCAGCCAGCAGUGGGAGGACUUCCUGGCCACCAUCGGAACCAGCGUCCAGAACGUGCGCCGGGAGAUGGAAGAAGAGGCGGGCCAGAUGCAGCAGACCAUCGAGCAGAUGGAGAAAUCAUGUGACCCGCUGUACGCGCCUUGCGACCCCGACCCGGUCCACUCGCCCGUGUGCCGCAACCUCACUCAGAAGCAAGGCUACCUCUACAUUCGCAAUAGGACGGGCCUGGUGUCGACGUCGUGGGAGCGCCAGUACUUCUUCACGCAGGGGGGCAACUUGAUGCGGCAGGGCCGCGCAGAGGUGGCGGGCGGUCUGGUCACUGACCUGGACAACGCCUCCGUCAUGGCGGUGGAUUCUGACGACCGCCGCUUCUGCUUCCAGGUCACGUCCUUCGACGGCAAGAAAGUGGUGACGCUGCAGGCGGAGAGCCGCAAGGACUGCGAGGAGUGGAUCGCCACCAUCAACAACAUCUCGAGACGCAUCUACUUGAGUGAGAACGCAGAGGAAGUAGCGGCCAGAAUCAACCAGUCGGCUAUUGAGGCAGUGACGCCAUCGCCGUCCUUCCAGCAGAGACACGACAGCAUGCGGCCUGGCAGGGGCGGCGCGGGGCGAACCGGCAGCGUCAGCUCCGUGGGCUCCGAGCCGUCGCCUGCCCUCUCUGCCCUCUCGAUAGAUGCCCUGGUUGCCCCGGAAACGCCCAUCCAGUUCGACAUCAUCUCGCCUGUCAGCGAGGAGAACGCCGGGCACGGCAAGACGCCGGCGCAGCCUGGAAGGAGAAGUAAUCCGUUCGGCGAGUCGGGUGACGGAACACCGGAGGACAGCGAAGACUCGAUCCUGCACCAGCUCUUCAUCGUCCGCUUCCUGGGCUCCAUGGAGGUGAAGAGCGCCGAGUCGCCCGACGUCAUCCCCGAGACCAUGAGGCAGAUCCUGGCGGCGCGCGCCAUCCACAACAUCUUCAGGAUGACCGAGUCGCACCUGCUGGUCACCUGCGACUGCCUCAAGCUCAUCGACCCGCAGACGCAAGUGACUCGACUCAGGUUCCCUCUGCCCAGCGUGCUGCAGUCGUCGUCCCACCAGGACAACAAGAGGCUGUUCGGGUUCGUGCUGCGCUCGGCCGGCGAGAAUCCCGACGGCCGAGCUGUCUGCUACAUCUUGGAGUCGAACGACGACGGCGAGAAGAUCUGCGACAGCAUCGGCCUCGCCAAGCAGAUCGCCCUCCACUCGGCGCUGGACCGCGGGGCGGCGGAGAAGCGCAAGGAGCAGCACAAAGCCAAAGAGAAGCAGCAGCAGGACAAGCUCAGCCAGCAGAAACAGAUCGAGAAGGACCUGGAGGAGCUGAGCCGCCUCAUCGGCGCCUCCAGCCGUCCCGCCCACCCCGCCGGGGCCGACGGACAUUUUGUGGUACUGAGCAACAGCCAAUCGGAGGACAGCGACGCCGGCGGGGAAGAAGGCAAGAAGAGGGGCGAGUCCGACGCCUAGCAACGCGCGCGCCCAAAAAUUGGGUAGGAAGCCUCUGCCAGUCCCACCCCGACUUCAGGAAUCAACACCCGCCCGUCCGGGCUGCCUGUGGAUGAUAAACGAGUUCAUCAAAGACUUGUUUAGUCUUUUUUUUUUUUUUAAAGCUUUUUAUACUGCCGCAGUUAUUGAUAUACAACCUUCUAGUUUCCUAUUUCUCGUCCACAGGUGAGUUUUAUGCUCAAAUGUCCUGCGUCCUGCACUGUUUUGCCAGCGGCCGGACGGUUAUCGCAUCGCUUUUCUGAGGCAGAAUCUGCACGUCGGUGUUUCCCAACAUUUAUCGAGGCAAGGGCACGUAUUUGACACGGGAAAAGUCUUGCAACGUGCCACCGCACAAAAAAAAAAAAAAAAAAACCUCACUCCAAGGACAGAGAACAGUUAAGAGUUGGACAUUGAUUUCCCCUAAUUCCCGGCCUACAGAGCACACCGGAUUAUAAGCCUCGCCCAGUACAUUUGUCAAGGAAAUACCAUUUGGUACAUGCAUAGGUCGCAGACGUGUAAAAACUGCAAGCGCCCACAUUGAAACCGACAUGCAAACAUGAAAUAUUUACAAAGAAAGAUGGUACACAGAAAGAGUUUUCAAAGUUUUAAUACCUUAUCUGAGCGUAACAUAGCAACAACACUGGAGCAUGAACGGGGCUGGUAAAAAAAAAUAUAUAUAUAUAUAUAUAUCUGUUUAAAAAAAAAACAGCUGCGGCGGCUACACAGCAGCAACAUGGCAGCACAGCACUUAACAGAGCCGGUUAAAAAAAAAAAAACAUACUUAAAUCACUCAGAUGCGGCAGCAACAUGCUAGCGCGGUGCUAACAGGGCCGGUUUAAAAAAAAAAAAACAGCAGUAAAAAUCACUGAGACAUGGCAGUAACACAGCAGCAACACGCUAGCACAGCACUAGCGCAGUGCUAACAGGGCCAGUUAAAGAAAAAAAAAAUACCGGUAAAAGUGACUUCCUCGGCGCAUCCAUUGAAACUAUAUUUACAAAGAGAGAUGGUACACUGAGAGAUUAACUCUAGCGCCGCCGGGCUAACACAUCCGGUUAAAAUAAAAAACAUACUGGUAAACAAAACACUGAGACACGGCGGUAACAUGCUAGCGCAGCGCUAACAGGGCCGGUUUAAAAAAAACAAAACAUAGCGGUAAAAAUUACUGAGACACAGCAGCAACACGCUAGCACAGCGCUAGCGCAGUGCUAACAGGGCCAGUUAAACAAAAAAAAAAAUACCGGUAAAAGUGACUUCCUCGGCGCAUCCAUUGAAACUAUAUUUACAAAGAGAGAUGGUACACUGAGAGAUUAACUCUAGCGCCGCCGGGCUAACACAUCCGGUUAAAA